GUUCCAAUAUCACUAGUAUCAUAAUAAAAAACUAAAAAGGAGUCCUCUCUGCGACGGCCUCAAUCAUCCAUCCUCCCAUGGCUAAUUCGGAUCGAAUCGCCGUCUUACUGAUCUGCCUGCAGCUCCUGCCGUCAGGGUUUCUGGGUCAUGCGGCUGCGCUGAUGGACAGUCCCCUGCCCAGCAGGCCGUUCCGGCUCGGCAGCGUCAUCGCCGUCCGUCUCGGCAACACCAGAUCCUGCGUCUCCGGCUACGGCAACGGCCACGCCGGGGCGCCCGUGUUCCGGUUCUGCAUCCCCUCAUGGGUCGCCUUCUCCGACGACGGCGCCGCCCUCGUCGGCGAGGCCGCAAAGGACCACGCCGCCGCUAACCCUCAGGCCGCCGUCUUUGGCUUCAAGCGCCUGCUCGGGAAAACAUUUGGGCACGAGGACGUGCAGAGAGAGAGUUUCCCGUACAAGAUCGUGUACAAGGAAACAAGCAGCACGGGCACAGGAAUCCAGGUGGCGAAGAAGCAGCUGCUCCACGUCGAGGACGUGGCCGCCAUGGUGCUGGCGGAGCUCAAGUGUCGAGCCGAGGCCUUCCUCGGCCACAAGGUCCACUACGCCGUCCUCACCGUCCCCAGCUACUUCCGCGACGCGUCCCGCCUCGCCGCCUUCGACGCCGUCACGUCCGCCGGCCUGGAGCCCGUCAGGAUCAUCGACGAGCCCACCGCCGCCGCCCUCGCGCACGGCCUCCACGAAAACGAGAUCACGAAGAACGUCCUGGUGCUGCACGUCGGCGGCGGCACGGCGGAGGCCACCGUCCUGGUCCACGAGGACGGCGUGUUCGAGGCCAUCGGGACGUGGCAUGACGCGCACCUCGGAGGGGACGACUUCGACCGGAGAACGGCCAACCACUUCCUGCAACUGAUCCGGGAGAAGCACAGCGUCGACAUUGGCAACGACACGGCGAAGCUCUGGAAGCUGAGAGCAGAGUGCGAGCGCGCCAAGAAGGAACUGAGCGACCGAGAUGUCGCCCGUGUGAGCGUCAAUUCCAUCGUCGACGGCGUGGAUUUGUUUGAGCCUCUGACACGAGCAAAGUUCGAGGAGCUCAACCACGAUCUCUUCGGCAGGAUCAUGUCAGUGGUGGACAAGGCCAUGGUUGGGAGCGAACUGGCCGAGAAGAAGGAACUGGUUGACGAGAUCGUUCUCGUCGGCGGGAGCAGCAGGAUGCCGAGGAUUCAGGAACUCAUCAGCGACUACUUUGGCGGAAGACAAGUACGGAUCGGUACGGCAGCGGUGGAGCCUGACGAAGCUGUGGUUCAUGGUGGAGCUCUUCUCAGCCAUCCUACGGCAGGGGGUUACGAAUGUCUGGGUGGCGAACGGCGUCAGUUUGGGGCUUCUACGGACUUGUGUUAAAUUAUCUUUCACAGAGGAUUGAUCCGGCAAAGAUAUCCGCAAUGCACGUAUACGCUUGUGCUAGUAAAGACAGAAGUCCCAACAAAUCAAGUUGAAACACCGGAGGAGGACUAGAUAACACAUUAAAGCUAUUUAGCUGCAACAAUUUUCUGCAUAUUUUGCAGCCAAAACAAAAGAUACAAUUUGAUAA